GUGUUACGAAAUAUUAUACAAGAAAACCCGGAUCUAUAUUUGGAAGAAAUAAUUUCACAAAUGGAAAUUCAGUGUGGCAAAACUGUUUCAAUUUCUACUAUGUGGCGUUCAUUAGCUUAUUGUGGAAUAACAUGGAAAAAAGUAUUUAAUUUAUUUAUAGUGAUGUAA